AGUGUAUCUUCUAAUCUGAAAAAGUCUUCCAUGAAAACUUCACUUUCAAAAAAACAAGUAAUGCCGUCUAUUUUUCUAAAACAGUGAAAUGGGGGCUCUUAUUUCAAGAGCCCCGUGGUUAUGAAUGUGCUUCUACUUCAUGAUGCCUCCUGCUAUGGCAGACGUCCUUGACAUCUGGGCAGUGGACUCACAGAUAGCGUCUGAUGGCUCCAUACCCGUGGAUUUUCUUUUGCCCACUGGGAUUUAUAUCCAGUUGGAGGUGCCUCGUGAAGCUACCAUUUCUUGUAUUAAGCAGAUGUUAUGGAAACAAGUUACCAAUUACCCAAUGUUUAACCUCCUUAUGGAAAUCGACUCCUAUAUGUUUGCAUGUGUGAAUCAAACUGCUGUAUAUGAGGAACUCGAAGAUGAAACACGAAGACUCUGUGAUGUCAGACCUUUUCUUCCAGUUCUCAAAUUAGUGACAAGAAGUUGUGACCCAGGGGAAAAAUUAGACUCAAAAAUUGGAGUCCUUAUAGGAAGAGGUCUGCAUGAAUUUGAUGCCUUGAAGGAUCCUGAAGUGAAUGAAUUCCGAAUAAAAAUGCGCAGAUUCAGUGAGGAAAAGAUUCAGUCGCUUGUGGGAUUAUCUUGGAUGGAUUGGCUAAAGCAUACCUAUCCACCUGAACUUGAACCAUCCAUCCCUGAAAAUUUAGAAGAUAAACUUUAUGGAGGAAAGCUCAUUGUGGCUGUUCAUUUUGAAAAUUGUCAGGAUGUGUUUAGUUUUCAGGUAUCUCCUAAUAUGAAUCCUAUCAAAAUAAAUGAAUUGGCAAUCCAAAAACGUCUAACUAUUCAUGGGAAAGAAGAUGAAGUUAGCCCUUAUGACUGUGUGUUGCAAGUCAGUGGGAGAGUAGAAUAUGUGUUUGGUGAUCACUCACUAAUUCAGUUCCAGUAUAUCCGGAACUGUGUGAUGAACAGAACAUUGCCCCAUUUUAUACUUGUGGAAUGUUGCAAGAUCAAGAAGCUGUAUGAACAGGAAAUGGUUGCCAUAGAGGCUGCCAUAAAUCGAAAUUCAUCUAACCUUCCUCUUCCUUUACCACCAAAGAAAACUCGAAUUAUUUCUCAUGUUUGGGAAAAUAACAAUCCUUUCCAAAUUGUCUUGGUUAAAGGAAAUAAACUUAACACAGAAGAAACUGUAAAAGUUCAUGUCAGGGCCGGCCUUUUUCAUGGUACCGAACUCCUGUGUAAAACUGUUGUAAGCUCAGAGAUAUCAGGGAAGAAUGAUCAUAUUUGGAAUGAACCACUGGAAUUUGAUAUCAAUACUUGUGACCUGCCACGAAUGACUCGAUUAUGUUUUGCUGUUUAUGCAGUUUUGGAUAAAGUGAAAACUAAGAAAUCAACUAAAACCAUGAAUCCCUCUAAGUAUCAGACCAUCAGGAAAUCUGGAAAAGUGCAUUAUCCUGUAGCCUGGGUAAAUACGAUGGUUUUUGACUUUAAAGGACAGUUGAGAUCUGGAGAUAUAAUAUUACACAGCUGGUCUUCAUUUCCUGAUGAACUUGAAGAAAUGUUGAAUCCAAUGGGAACUGUUCAAACAAAUCCAUAUACAGAAAAUGCAACAGCUUUGCACAUAAAAUUCCCAGAGAAUAAAAAACAACCUUAUUACUAUCCUCCCUUCGAUAAGAUUAUUGAAAAAGCAGCUGAGAUUGCAAGCAGUGAUAGUGCUAAUGUAUCAAGUCGAGGUGGAAAGAAGUUUCUUGCUGUACUGAAAGAAAUCUUGGACAGGGAUCCAUUGUCUCAACUGUGUGAGAAUGAAAUGGAUCUUAUUUGGACUUUGCGACAAGACUGCAGAGAGAAUUUCCCACACGCAUUGCCGAAAUUGCUGCUGUCGAUCAAGUGGAAUAAACUUGAGGAUGUUGCUCAGCUUCAAGCACUGCUUCAGAUUUGGCCUAAACUGCCCCCCCGGGAGGCCCUUGAGCUUCUAGAUUUCAACUAUCCAGAUCAGUAUGUGCGAGAAUAUGCUGUGGGCUGCCUGCAACAGAUGAGUGAUGAAGAACUCUCUCAAUAUCUUUUACAGUUGGUGCAAGUUUUAAAAUAUGAGCCUUUUCUUGAUUGUGCCUUGUCUAGAUUCCUACUAGAAAGAGCACUUGCUAAUCGGAGGAUAGGGCAGUUUUUAUUUUGGCACCUCAGAUCUGAAGUACACAUUCCUGCUGUUUCAGUACAAUUUGGUGUUAUCCUUGAAGCGUACUGCCGGGGAAGCGUAGGUCACAUGAAAGCGCUUUCUAAGCAGGUUGAAGCACUCAAUAAACUAAAAACUUUAAAUAGUUUAAUCAAACUGAAUGCAGUGAAGCUAAAUAGAGCCAAAGGGAAAGAAGCAAUGCAUACUUGUCUAAAACAGAAUGCUUACCGUGAAGCCCUCUGUGACCUGCAGUCACCUCUGAACCCAUGUGUUAUCCUCUCAGAACUCUAUGUUGAGAAGUGUAAAUACAUGGAUUCCAAAAUGAAGCCUUUGUGGCUUGUAUACAACAACAAGGUGUUUGGUGAGGAUUCAGUUGGAGUGAUUUUUAAAAAUGGUGAUGAUUUACGGCAGGAUAUGUUGACACUCCAGAUGCUGCGCUUGAUGGAUUUACUCUGGAAAGAAGCUGGUCUGGACCUCCGGAUGCUACCUUAUGGCUGCUUAGCAACAGGAGACCGUUCUGGCCUCAUUGAAGUUGUGAGCACCUCUGAAACAAUUGCUGACAUUCAGCUGAACAGUAGCAAUGUUGCUGCAGCAGCAGCCUUCAACAAAGAUGCCCUUCUGAACUGGCUUAAAGAAUACAAUUCUGGGGAUGACCUGGACCGAGCCAUUGAGGAGUUUACCCUAUCCUGUGCCGGCUACUGUGUAGCUUCUUAUGUCCUUGGGAUUGGUGACAGACAUAGUGAUAACAUCAUGGUCAAAAAAACUGGCCAGCUCUUCCACAUUGACUUUGGACAUAUUCUUGGAAAUUUCAAGUCUAAAUUUGGCAUUAAAAGGGAGCGAGUGCCUUUUAUUCUUACUUAUGAUUUCAUUCAUGUGAUUCAACAAGGAAAAACAGGAAACACAGAAAAAUUUGGCCGGUUCCGCCAGUGUUGUGAGGAUGCAUAUCUGAUUUUACGCCGGCAUGGGAAUCUCUUCAUCACGCUGUUUGCACUGAUGUUGACUGCAGGGCUUCCUGAGCUCACCUCAGUCAAGGAUAUACAGUAUCUUAAGGACUCUCUUGCCUUAGGGAAGAGUGAAGAAGAAGCACUCAAGCAGUUCAAGCAAAAAUUUGAUGAGGCACUCAGGGAAAGCUGGACUACUAAAGUCAAUUGGAUGGCCCACACAGUUCGGAAAGACUACAGAUCUUAACAAUCAGCCUUUGCUCCUAAUGUGUUUGUUGGUUUCGUUUCGUUUUCAUUUUGCACUUGCACUAAAUUGAACAUGACCCUGCCAGAGAUGUUACAAAGGGAAUGAAAUCCUGGAACCCAAGAGUUAAAUUAAGAAUGGGGCAUCCCACAGUAACCUAAUCUAAAUAAUCCCUGACAACACCUGCUGCUUUUU